AUGCUUGCAGGUUCAAAGUAACCUCUCUAAUUAAAGAAUUCCAUAUAUCAACGCAUAUUUUUUUCAAUUUAUGAAUACAUUAAUUAUAAAAAUUCACAUACAAUAAAAUAUUGUUAUUGGAAUAUUACUAAGUAGACAACCUUUACACUUUUGUAUUUCUUCUAGAAACCAAUUUACAAAUUACUUUAUACAACACAUCCUGUUCAAUAUAUUAGUUAUUUCUAUUUUAUGAAAAUCCUUUUAAAGAUAAAACAUCAUUCUUUUAAAAUAGAAUGUGCCAGAUUUUUGUAUCUUUUGUAUAACAUCGCUGAAUAUUUUAGAUUUUUAAAAUAUAGAGUUGACUGGAUUAAAAUUUCAUUAAUUAGUAUAUUGGAACAAUUUUUUUUAAAUAUGAAAGUUAAAUAUUUUAAUUAUUAUCAAAAUAUUGUUCUUCAUUACAAAAUCUAACAAUAAAAUACAAUUAGUUUCUACUAAAUAGAAUAGUAAACUCUCAGCCCAAAUUUUGAAUUUUUAAAAUAUUCAUAAAAUUAAAUUACUUUUAUUAUUUACUUUAACUGUCUUCAAUUAUUUAAUAGAAUAGCAAAGUGUAAAAAUAAAUUAAUCAAUAUAUAAACUAAAAAAAAGUUAAAAUAAUGUCAUUGAAUAAUAUUUCAAAAGUACCUUAUUUUAAGUUUUUGUAAUCAAUAUUGAUAUCAUUAAUAGAUUGUAGUGGAUUAGGAAGCGCAUUUUUUGUUGGAUUUUCAGGAUUCUUAAUAUACUUGAUCAUUAUUAUAUAUUUUAGAUAUCUAAAAGGCAGGUCAUCAAGAGAAUCUUAUUUUGAAAACUUUUUAAACGGUGGGCUUGAAACAUCUGAUUUAUAAUAAAAUUUUAAAUUAAAACCGUUGAAUGCAGAAAAAAAGAGCGAUUUUAUUCUGUUCCAGGCAUAGAUAAUUGAAGAAUUACAUGAAAUUUUGUUUGAUAAUAAUAAAGUAUGUUGA